AUGGCGGAUGAUCCCCAAGUAGAAGAUGAUAAACCAGUAUCUAAAGUAGCAAUCAUAGAUGAAAAUUACUGCACCCAAAAAUCCCAAGAAUUUAUAGUCCUAAAGAAAAUGACCAAAUUUCAAACAAAUGCUGUUUUCCAAGUUUUUGAUGUUGAUCAAAAUCUUCUCCUACAAGCUGAUGGUCUCAAAUGGUUGCUUCAUAGGACAUUCCUAAUGAAAGACUCUCAUGAUUCUCCAAUUGUCACACUUCAUGAAGCGCGUAUUACGGAUAAACGUCGAUGGGAUGUAUAUGAAGGAGAUAGCACAGAUGCACCGGAUCACAUGUUCAAAGUGCAAAGAACAAGCGCAUUCCAAGUCAAUGCACGACUUGAUAUCUUAUUUCUAGACAACCCUAAUCCUGAAGAAGGUAGGUUUCAAAUUAAGAAGGAUGAUGCAAGUUCUAAUACCGCUGCUAUGUAUCAGGGCAGUAGGAUUAUCGCCCGAGUUGAACAUAGAAAUACGUGGAAGAACUUUUUUCAGGGAAAGGAUGAGUUGAAGGUUGAAGUUACUGAAGGAAUAGAUUACGCAUUUGUUAUGUCUGUACUUAUAAUCAUGGGUAACGCCAUUUGA